UUCAAGUAAAAGGAAAGAAGAAGAAAAAACAAGAGGAAAAAAAUUUCCGUUUUGAAGAACUCUGCCGCCCGCGUCUUCACGGCGUUUGUUCUCGUAUCCUCUUGCCCACAACCCGGAUCGCCGACUACCAAAAUCGCACACGUAUACUUGCUUCGUUUCACUGGUGUCUUUUCGCGUUCUCUCACGGAAAUUUUCGCAGCUCCGUUUUCUUGCCUCUGCCGUAGGUACCUUACUACCUUCCCUAAUUCUGUAGUUGAAAGGAACCUCUCUUGUGUAAUCAAUGACUACACUUCAAAGUCAGGCUGGAAAAGAAACUGCUAAAGUUCAAAAAUCAGCUUCGGCUUUCAAGAGAUGGGGCAGAAAAGGCCCUUUUCUUAGAUAUGGUCUUCCCAUGAUCUCUCUUACUGUUUUUGGUGCUCUUGGCCUUGGCCAUCUUUUGCAGGGCAGCAAGGACAUUGCAAGGGUAAAAGAUGAUCAGGAAUGGGAAAUAAUUGAAGCCAGAAAAGCACUGUCUAGAACAGGACCAGUAAAUGCAUACAAGCCAAAAAAGAUUUCAUUGGAGGAUGAGCUUAAGGAUUUGCAACAAAAGGUAGACAUUAAUGACUACGAGUACAAGACUAUUCCUAAACCAAAUGAAGACAGGCGUGUCUAGACUGGAGCCGUGAACUUGAAAAAGCUUGUCCGAAAUUCUCAUAUACCAUAAUCUCUAAUCAGUUUUUAGGGAGUCAUGAGCCAGUUCAUCAUGAAUAUGUAGUUAUUGUUGUCUGUUUAGCGUUUUGACUUUUGACUAGGUGACUGAAUUUAUGGAAGUGAUAAUUGGGGUAAAAUUUGUCUAUGUCUGGAAAUUUUGGGUAUCAAGGGUUUUUAAGUACUGUAAGGUGAACAGAAAAAAGUACUUGUUUGGUUCUACUUUAAUAAUGAAAAAAAGAGAGUAAAUGUUAGUUCACUUUCUUGUCAUA